AUGGCCACUCUCCAGGGAUUGAUCGAUAGCGAUCCGGAAAAUCUCACAAAGUUGGCAAAACUGAUGCACAGUGUCCACAGCCCUGCUCUUGCUUUGAAUGAGUUGGGAUUUGCCAAUCACCCUUCUGCAGCUAUCAUUGGGAAUUACCGGGACCCAAUGCACAUGAAGAUCGUGUAUCAUGCUGACCCUGCUACCCUUUUUAGGUGUGCUCCAGAUUGGUCUGACUUGAUACCUCCAAGCAACCCAGAUCUUUUUGCAAUUCAGGACAGCAAUGGUACCGGUGGCAAAGCCGAUGGCGAUAACCUGGAUCCAAGAGAUGAAAAAUCGUCUGCACUGGUGGCCUAUCAGGGGGAGAGCUCUCGAUCGCAGGAGAUUGUGAGACGUUACAUUUUGCAAUCAAUGAAAGUUUGGCUUCGGGAUGACCAGGACAAGAUUGCAGCCGAGAAUUGCAGGUUUGUGUAUUCGUUUCCUUUUUGUCCAGCUGCCAUCAAAUCACUUGGGAUAAUUUUUGACAAUACAGCACUGAAAAGAAGCCUGUCGCAAAGUGGAGUUUUGUUUGCGCAGAUUUUGAGGACUGGAGUCGGAGACAUCAAAGUUCCACAUCCGAAUGAUUUCAAUCGCAGCAAUUUGGCAGUGGUGUUUCUUGAAGUCACAAAGUUUGACCAGGUUGCUGACUCUGUGAUGGUAAGGAGUGAUCCAAUUCACAUCGAUGCCUCAAUUCCGGAGCCUGUGACUACUGGGUCAAGCACGCCAUUUGUGCUUUGCUUGGAUGCCUUUCCAUUAGAUACACUGAUGAAGAUGCGAAGAUGGGAGGUUGAGCCUGAGUUGAAUGUGUCAAUCAAAUUGGCUGAUGGGAUGGAUCCUGAUAUCUAUGGGACGCCGUAUUGCUCAAAGUUGUUGGCUGAUCUUUUGGCUGAAGGUAGCUUCUUUCUGCAAGGAAAUUCUGAGGGUUUUGAUGUCAAGCAGUCAAUUUUGACAGACAUGCGAAACAGAGGUUUGACAGAGCAAGAUGACAAUGCCGGAUGGGCCUUGACUUCGGACGGAAGGUGUGCCGUUUCAGUUUCCUAUCUUUUGAAGAAGCGGCAAAAGGUUGUGCGGAUCAGAAGUGGUAUCUCCUUACAAGACAUGGAAACCGUUGAACUUUUGAUCCAGAUGCAAAAUGACAAAUGGAAGCCUGAGCUUGUUGACGGCAAAAAGUCUGACAUUGCCAAGAAAUUCUAUGUACAUGAUGAGUCGGAAAAAAUAUGGUACCAACCUGGCGGCAAAGAUUCUGUGUGCCGUGAGUAUUUGAUUUUGCUGCUGACUGCAAGCUCACACUUGCAACCGAUGUGGAUGCAGAUCAGCUACAGGGACGGCUUACUGAUUCAGGCACUGGCAGAGCCGGCAGCAUUGGUGUUGUGCAGCCAGCCGAUUGUAGUGGUUCUUCAGAUUCCUCAGACAGCAGUUCUCCAGCAGCUUCAGCAGGCAAGCUAUCCGCAAGAUCUUCUUCAGCUGGCUCAGGAGCAGGUCAGAAUGAUUCAGAGUCAGAGUCUGGCGAUUCGACUCGCUCAUCUACAUCGUCGUCAUCUUCAACGUCUGGACCAAAUAAUCCUAGCAGUUCCAAACCUGAAUCCAAGAGUCAGAAGCAAGGUGCGACGAGAAGGGAUCGUAAUUCUGAAUACUGGGGAGCUUUCAGAUUCACACCUACCAAAACUGGAUGGCAAUGCACUUGCUCCAGUCAUGAGAGUGAUGGCAAGGCACAUUGCACAAAGACAAGAUCAAGCAAUGUAA